ACGACGAGCUUUUGCACCCCAGCUGGUUCCGGCUGGGGAAAAUGGCGGUGACUGGGGCGGUGUCCCGGGAGCAGCUGGUGGGCUGGUGCACCCAGCAGUUGCGGAAGACUUUCGGCCUGGAUGUCAGUGAGGAGAUCAUACAGUAUGUUUUGUCAAUUGAGAGUGCUGAAGAGAUACGAGAAUAUGUUACUGACCUUCUUCAGGGAAACGAGGGCAGAAGAGGUCAAUUCAUAGAAGAGCUUGUAACUAAAUGGCAAAAGAAUGAUCAGGAGCUGAUUUCUGAUGCUCUGCAGCAGUCCUUCAAAAAAGAUGAAAUUUUAGAUGGGCAGAGGUCAGGAGACCAGCUAAAGAGGAGUAGGCGGAAAGGGAGAAACAGACAGGAAGUUCCUGCAUUUACUGAACCUGAUACAACCAUAGAGGUCAAAACACCUUUUGAUUUGGCCAAGGCACAAGAGAACAGCAGCUCCGUAAAGAAGAAGACGAAGUUUGUCAGUUUAUAUACAAAAGAGGGACAGGACAAGCUUGCAGUCCUGAUCCCUGGUCGCCACACUUGUGAUUGCCUGGGCCAGAAGCACAAGCUGAUCAAUAACUGUCUGAUCUGUGGGCGUAUUGUCUGUGAACAAGAGGGUUCUGGCCCCUGCUUAUUCUGUGGUACUCUGGUAUGUACUCGUGAAGAACAGGAUAUUUUACAGCGUGACUCAAACAAGAGCCAGAAACUGCUGAAGAAGCUCAUGUCAGGGACAGAGAAUUCUGGAAAAGUGGACAUCUCUACCAAGGACCUUCUUCCUCAUCAAGAAUUGCGAUUUAAAUCUGGUCUGGUUAAGGCUAUCAAGCAUAAAGACAAACUGUUAGAGUUUGACAGAACUAGCAUUCGAAGGACCCAAGUCAUUGAUGAUGAGUCAGAUUACUUUGCCAGUGAUUCUAACCAGUGGUUGUCCAAAAUUGAACGGGAAGCCCUACAGAAGCGAGAGGAGGAGCUGAGAGAAUUUCGACAUGCCUCUCGGCUCUCGAAGAAGAUCACCAUUGACUUUGCAGGCAGGAAGAUCAUGGAAGAUGAAAAUCCUCUAACUGAGUAUCACAGCAAACUAGAUGAGGCAAUACAUGCCAUUGCCAAUGGAACCUUGAACCAACCACCGACCAAAUUGGAUAGAUCUUUUGAAGAGCCUUUAGGACUUCUGGUGAAUCCCAACCUGUACCAGUCCCCUCCCCAGUGGAUAGAUCAGACGGGUGCAGCCUCACAGAAGAAGGCUUUCCAUUCAGCAGGAUCAGGAAUAGAGUUCAGCUCAUGUCGGCAUCCGUUUCGAAUCCAGGACCAAGAAUUUCAGGAAGGCUUUGAUGGUGGCUGGUGCCUCUCUAUGCAUCAGCCUUGGGCUUCUCUACUUGUCAGAGGGAUUAAAAGGGUGGAGGGCAGAAGCUGGUACACCCCACAUAGAGGGCGACUUUGGAUAGCAGCCACAGCCAAAAGACCCUCUCCUCAAGAAGUUUCAGAACUCCAGACUACAUAUCUUCUCCUUCGUGGGAAAGAUGUGGAAUUUCCCAAUGACUAUCCAUCGGGUUGUCUUCUGGGCUGUGUGGACCUAACUGACUGCUUGUCCCAGAAUCAAUUUAAGAAUCAGUAUCCAGACAUGAGUCAAGAAUCUGAUUCUCCAUUUGUUUUCAUCUGCACAAAUCCCCAGGAAAUGAUUGUGAAGUUUCCUAUUAAAGGAAGUCCAAAAAUCUCCGUGUGGAUGACAGGCUCUUGGUGCUCCAGGCAGGCAUCAGGGCUGUGCCUCUGAGGUGGGAGAGCCAAGUUCAGGACACUGGUCCACAAGAGACCUCCCAUCUCCACGUAAUAUCAAAUGGCAAAAAUCUCCCAGAGAUUUCCUUCUCAACUCCAAGACCCAGCUCCAUCAGUGACCAGCAAGCUACAGUGCUGGACACCCUAUGCCAAACAACUAGCAAGACAGGAACACAACCCCAUCCUGAGCAGAGAGGCUGCCUAAAAUCAUAAUAAGGCCACAGACACCCCAAAACACACCACCAGAAAUGGACCUGCCCACCAGAAAGACAAGACACAGCCUCAUCCACCAGAAUACAGGCACUAGUCCCCUCCACCAGGAAGCCUACACAACCCACUGGACCAACCUUAGCCACUGGGGACAGACACCAAAAACAACGGGAACUACGAACCUGCAGCCUGUGAAAAGGAGACCCCAAACACAGUAAUUUAAGCAAAAUGUCUUCUGAGAAGACAGAGAAACACACAGCAGAUGAAGGAGCAAGGCAAAAAUCCACCAGACCUAACAAAUGAAGAGGAAAUA